AUUCGAAUGGAAGUCCAUAGUCUGCAUAAUUUUAACUUCGGAUAAGUGUUGAGUUGGCAUGUUAUCACGAAGAGAUCAAGUAAGAAUGAUUAAAAUCGCAGCUACUUAGUCUACUUAGCACUUCCUCGUAGCAAACUGCAGCUUCAAUGUUAAUCUAAUUUUAUUGCGCUCAGUCGCUUCCGCCCUUUCGGUUGUACAAAACGAUACUUCAAAACAAAAUACCGUUUGUUUAUCGCAGUGAGCGGCUCAUUGUUGACAGCUUCGAUAACUGAGAGCGAACCCACACCAUGAGCAAGACUGCAGCAUGUUUUGUACUAUUUCUGAUCCAUCAGUGCGCUGGUAUCCCUGAUCACGCGAUCCAGUUCGAAACCGACUGUAAUGCACCGGAUGCGUCCACCGCGGAAAUAAUUAAGACCGCGCCGCCUAUUAAUUCCUUCCGAACGGACACUCUCGCUGCGGAUGAAUGCCGUACGUACGCGAAAAUGCUCUGCGGCGAUGGGAAACACGACUACUGCAUCAUGAGUUACCCUCCUGGGAGUGAUAUGAGUCCGCUAACGAAGACAUAUUUCGAGAUGAGCUGUUGGGAGGGCGGAACGCGGACUGCCAUCGCCGUGUACGCUAGAAACGUCAGUUUAACCAGUCCCAACCGAGCUAUUACGCUGGAGUUAGCAGAACGCAAUGAUACUGAAGAUCCUGUGCAUCAUGACGCCGUCGAUCCCAUCCGUCAGCAGAUCAUUCAAAUGCAAAUACGGCACUGUGCAACUGCCACGAUCACCGCAAAGAUUUUCGGCGCUGGUGAAGUACCCAACUUGGUAUCACUUCGUGUGUGGCAAGGAAGAGAUUUGGUGGUCAAGAGGCGAGAUUUCUCUCGAAUGCCUAACGUCCGAAUGAUUAUCUUUGGCCUUACCACCAUUCAAGAGUUGGAGCCGUACACGUUUACGGAUAUUGCCCACUUGGAAAGCUUAACGUUGGAGAUGAAGAUAGGAUAUAUUUUGUAUAUAAUGUCUAAGCCAGAACAUGACCAGUUUUGGGAACCGGGAUCAUUGCAAGGAAAAGAUUUGGAUAAGGUGAAGAAAAUUCAUUGCGAUUGCUCGUUUGCCUGGUUUCGCAACUUUCUUAAGCGGAAGCCGCAUCUAAUUCAGGAGAAAAGGGAGGGAGAAGUGGCAGUCAUCGGCAAUUAUUUAAGCGAAUCCACAAACACCGGUAUUUGGAAGGGAUCUUUGAGUGUCGACUGCAGUAUGGCGUUUAACUAUAAUAAUACCUACUACACCAAAAACAGAUCGUACUCGUACAAUACUUCCUGUUAUAAUUUGGUCUGUUAGAGUUCAGGACAUGGUUUGAAAGUUUAUUCGUGUCUCUUGUCCAUGUUCGUAGCGUACGUUUAAUGUUAAUGUGCAUAUAUUUUUUUUAUCAUGCUACUCACGUACCCAGCAUUCUGUACGCGUGUGCGCAUUGCACUGUACGAUAACCGGAUGCUUCCAGCUGUCGUAUGUUGCACUACGUUUUAAACCUGCGUACAAAAAACUGGGCAUGAGAGCGCACGACCGCUUAGCACUAAACUGUACUACAUAGUCAAGUACUUAGCCAUAGCAACUGCAGUUACCUACCAGCCAUAAUUUUGUCACUGUGUGGAGCGUUAUCGUGUUGGUAAUUCAACAUGUAUCCAGAAUCUUGUCCGGUAACAGUUCGCACCGU